AUGAAGUUCCUCAGCAACGACCUGCUCGCCACGAGCUUGAUGCUCCUCGCCGCCGUCGGUGACGUCUCGGCCCAGUGCGCCCUCCCCUCGAGCUACAAGUGGACAUCCAGCAACGCCCUCGCCCAGCCCAAGUCCCCCUGGCUCUCCCUCAAGGACUUCACCGUCGCGCCCUACAACGGCGGCCAGCUCGUCUACGCCACCGUCUUCGGCACCGGCUGGGGCUCCAUGGCCUUCAGUACCGUCUCCAACAUCAACCAGCUCGGCUCCGCCACUCAGACCGGCAUGAACUCGCUGGCCGUUGCCCCCACCCUGUUCUUCUUCCAGCCUAAGAACGUCUGGAUCCUGGCUCACCAGUGGGGUCCUCACAAGUUCUCCUACAGAACCGCCAGCAACCCUACCAACCCCAACGGCUGGUCCCAGCCCCAGCCUCUCUUCACCGGCAGCAUCUCCGACUCCGGCACUGGCCCUAUUGACCAGACCGUCAUUGGAGACAGCAAGAACAUGUACCUGUUCUUCUGCGGCGAUAACGGCAAGAUCUACCGCGCCAGCAUGCCCAUCGGCAAUUUCCCCGGCAGCUUCGGCUCUGCCUCGCAGAUCAUCAUGUCGGACACCAAGGAGAACCUCUUUGAGGCCGUCCAGGUCUACUCCGUCAAGGGCCAGAACAAGUACCUCAUGCUUGUCGAGGCGAUGGGCAAGAACGGCCGUUUCUUCCGCUCAUUCACCGCCAACAGCCUCGACGGCCAGUGGACUCCCAAUGCCGCCACCGAGAGCAACCCCUUCGCCGGCAAAGCCAACAGCGGCGCGACCUGGACCAACGACAUUAGCCACGGAGAGCUUAUCCGAACCAGCGCCGACCAGACCUUCCCUGUCGACGCCUGCAACCUCCAGCUCCUCUACCAGGGCCGCAACCCCAGCAUCAAUACCGACUACGACCGUCUCCCCUACCGCCCCGGUCUGCUCACCCUCAAGAAGUAA